AUGUUAACAUUGCGGGUGCGCCAUCUCAUUGCCUCUGGCAUCUCCAUAGUAAAAAAGGAUAUUGGCAUAUUCUUCGAAACUGCCAGCCAUUGUUCAUCGAUAGGUAGAUCAACGAACAAUCAAGUCACACAGCAGCCAAGUCAGCUCUUCUACGAUUUUUGUAAGUAUCUUACAAAUUUAAAAAGGUACAUAAUGAUCUAUUGA